AUGGCCGAGUGGUCGGGACUGACCCCGGCUUUUCUGACCAGCGGCCGCAACGCGAAGUCUGACUUCCCUCUGGACUUUGAGGCUUACUUCCGAGAUGAUGUUGCAGUGUGCAUGCAGUUCGAUUUCCCGUCGGUGAAGAAGAUCAUUGAGCAUUGGCAGCCGCCACACAUGAACACUCUGCUUCACACCCGCAAGACCUGCAUGCAUUUCGCCGGAGAGAAGUACAUGCUUGGUUGCGUCGCUCCAGCAGACGACACUGAGCUUGGCAUCACGACCUUCCGUGCCCUUCGCCAUAGCCCGGAACAGCCACCGUUAGCGCAUGUCAACGAGGAUUGGUACGAGGCUGCAUGGUCUCAGUUACCGCAAAGCGCUUGCUUUGUGGAUGCAGACAGUGGGGAACUGUCGAGUGUCAAUUUGCUGUGCGAGCAUGAUGGACAUCAGGCCGCACUCAAGGAGGUGGUUGCCCUUUGCCUGGAACGUGCUCAUAAGACAGAG